AAUAAAAACGUAAUCAAAGUUCAACAAAAUAGUUUGGUAAACUAUCGGAAAAAUAUGGCGUGUAUUAAAUCAUGGGAUUUUUGCCAUGAUUUUAAUAAUUAUUUUGGAUUUUUUUUUAUUUAAUUCUAUAUAAUUGGAUUGUAAAUGAAUUAUUAAAUAUGGAAAUUAAGCGUAUAAAUGCGUUAUUUGCGUUUCUGGUAAUUCUGUUUGUUUUAAACAGCAUACAUUACGUAAAUGGUGGUGAAACAUGUUCGCAUAUGGAAGGUAGCCACCGUGUACAAGAAUACUGCGAAUACGGGUGUUGCGGAUCCGGAAACGAAUCAUGUUGCUCGAUAUCUACCAGCGUUCUGCUUGUUGCCUGUAUUGUGAGUGGGCUGGUUCUCCUAGCACUGGUGGCAGCUAUAAUAAUAUGUUGCUACAAGAACUACAAAGACAAGCAGGCAACCAGAGUACGUCGUCUGCGACAGGAGCAAGAUAUGAAUGCUCCCAGAGUUCCAGGAGUUGAACCCCCAAAGCCACCAUCAUACGUUUCCGCACCACCAGCCUACAGUGAAGAAAUGCCCGAAUCCCACUUCCGCCCGGCAACAGUGACCGGUAACAUUCCGUACAAUCAGAGGUUCAGAGGAACCACACCUCUGCCAAGGAGAGUUGCACAUGCGUCUAUUAGUAUGACUAGCGCUUCCGGCAGACAUCCGGAGACAAACAAUCCUCGUUCUUUGCGCAAUGUACAAAUUCCCGGGGCAAUCGAAGUUGAGGCCCCUCCUCCGUAUUCAGAAUUCGCUCGCGGCCAGACACCAGCGAACAGAAGGAGGAGAUUCAUUCAAUCGCCAGUACCGGAAGUCACUGAAAACGCAACUCAACCAAACGUUAUAUAUAGUACUGUAGAGGAAAAUACAGAUAUAUUUUCUGAAGUUUCUAGUGAAUCAGGAACGCCAUCACGUGCUCAAGAGUCACGUGCACAAGAAACUUCUGUUCAGCCGUCACGAGCGGUUACAUCACGUGCCGUAGAUUCUAGAGCAACCGAAUCUCGUGCUGUUACAACACGUGCUCAAGAGUCGCGUGUAGAAACUAUACGAGAAAAUGAAUCACGCGCUGAAACAGUAGCACGUGUUUUACGACCAUCGCGAAUAUCGCGCAUUCCAACACGUGUACAUGGCGCACAGUCUAGACAAUUAAGUGACGUGCAGUCACGUGCUUCCUCUAUUCCAACACGUCAAACUACAAAUGUUUCUACAAACAGUUCUACUCUGCAUGACUCCCCGUAUAUAAGAAGGGAUCCUAGUGUUAUUGAAGAGAACAUAGAUUUGGCUGCGAUUUAGGUUAUUAUGCUCAGCCGGUGGUGUUAGCUUCACUUCUAAUCUCGCAUACAGGACCGGUGUAAAAAUUAGGAAUGACAACUCUUCGAAAGAGUCGAUGUUGCUCAGAGUCGCAACAAGUGUAUUAAAGGGGAGUAAUACAUAACCAUAGUUGAAUAUGAUAAGUCAUCGUUAAAAUCAGACCACAGUUGAAAAAGAUAUAGCAGUACACUGGCAGAGCAUUGAGGCAGUCAUUGAAAUGAUCAUGACGUCAUUUACAAAUGAUUGAAUUAUUUAUUUAGCAAAACAAAACGCUUUCAAAUACAGAUUCCCGAUAUCAUAAUGAAAAGCAUGAUUAUUUCUUUCAUUUUAAUUAGAAAGAAAUAGAGAAUUUAUCUUUCUAACCAGUGAAAGUACAGUCAAACUAGAUAAUUAUUUAGAAAGAUAUAAAAUCUGCCAUUUAGUUUUACCUUGUCAUGGAAACAAAAUGGCGUCAUUUUGAUCUGAUAUAUAAAUGUUCUUAAUUUUAUUUAUAAGCCGGUUUUGAAAAUGAUUUUAGUGCUUAAAAAUACAUAAUUUCCGUGCCCUGUCUAACUUUCAACUUAACCAGACAAUGUGUAGUUUGCAAGACCUAUUGGUGACCCAAUGCUAAAAGGUUGUCACCUUCAGAAGUAAUAUAUUUUACGCCUGUAACUUUUGUAAUAAUGGAUGAAUAUUCAUAUACAUUGACAUAUACAUUCACUAUUACUAGGUGAUGUGUUGAGUAUAAGACCUAAACUACUAACUCUAAGGUCAAGCUUAUACAUAAAAGUCAGAGCGUUUACUUAAUUUCUCUUCUGCGGUCUGUAUGUUUUGUACAUACUGGUACUGCUGAUAAACCCGAACAGAAAAUGAGGUUUUUUACCUGUAACUUUUUUAUUUCUGCAAAUUGAAAUCAAUGGUCGGUAUCAAAAUAAAGCUUAACCUUUGCUGAAAACUUUACAUAAUUCAAAUUUAUAUUUAGUAAGCAAACUCACACGAAGUGAGGGCCUGAAAGGGGUAUGUAAAAAGGGGACUUUAUGAACGUUGACUGAUGAUAAAUUCGAACCCUUUGUCAUUUACAAAAUUUUCUUUGUAUUAUUAUAUUGAAACUUUCCCCGAAAAGCUGCAACAGUCAUUCCUGAUCAAGUAAUGAAAAUUUAACAAAUGUCAGGCCUUCAUGUUUCGGCAGUGAGCAUGCACAAAAAAAACACCCUCUUCCCCAGUAAUUUUGGAUCAAUAUUUUUUAUACAAAUUUAUGUAAGUCAUUUAUUUAUACAGAAUAUUUACCAUUUUUGUUUUUGUUUACACCAGUUGGUGUUGUAAGUGGAAGCUAUUAGAUGGUGUGUUAAAUUUUAUAAAUAACCGUUUGCAAUCGAAUAUUUCCAAGGUGUUCGACUUUAUCAUCUGUCCGGGUUUAUCAUCAGUACCAGUAUAGAUAAAUAAAAACUGACUUAGCACAAGCAUUCGCUAUAAUAAUACAAUUGGUCAAGUGCGAGACUUCGACCCACUCAAUCAAAGGUCAAAGUUCAUACUUAGAGGUCAUUUCUGACUGGAUGUUCUAUUGUAAACACGCCAUUACUCAAAUGACUCAAACACGUAGCGGAGGCAUUUCUAUUUAUAUUUUAGCCCCCCACCCCGCUCAACCGAUAAUUGUGUCAAAAUAUUUAAUACGUUAAGUAUUAAAUACCAAUAUUGUUAUUCUGCUACUAAAGAAUGUAUUUAUACCUCCCUUGUUUUAGACAUGUUUACAUCUGUUUUAUAUAUACCGUCCGUUAGAUUAUCUAUUUUUAAGGAAGCCUGAACGUGACAUGUGAAAACUAUUUUUCUAAGAAAGCUCGACGUACUAUCUCGUGCGCGCGACAUCCCAGAAACUGUAAUAUUAUACAUAUUAUUACUUUAUUUAACAUUCUUUGUACAAUACGGCGAUAUACUUGGAUUUUUACCAAUUCGAUGGAACAUAUUGGACGAACCGAUAGGCUAGUUCAGUAUGUUAUUUUUUUCGAGUGUGUUAGCGUCCAAAUGUACGCUGUAAUAAACAAGCCAACGUUAAUAACAUUUGAGCCGUGCCAUGACAAAACCAACAUAGUGGGUUUGCGACCAGCAUGGAUCCAGACCAGCCUGCGUAUCCGCGCAGUCUGGUCAGGAUCCAUGCUGUUCGCUAACAGUUUCUCCAAUUCCAAUAGGCUUUAAAAGCGAACAGCAUGGAGCCUGACCAGACUGCGCGGAUGCGCAGGCUGGUCUGGAUCCAUGCUGGUCGCAAACCCACUAUGUUGGUUUUCUCAUGGCACGGCUCAUUUAUAUUCUUUGCUUAUGUUUCUUAGUAAAAGUUAGAUAGACCUACACACGGACACGUGCGAUUCUCUCGUCAAGCGUUUACUGAUGUUGUUAUUUGUUUUUAAGAUCCGGGUCAACGGCUUUCAUUAAGUAUUCAAAUCAAAUUUCGUACAUUGUCUAGUGCGGAACAUAAUGUAUCCAGUAUGGAAAUAUAAUGGAUGGCCACGCGGUUCGAUUGGAAGAUGAAGUAGAUAGAGAGUAAAAGCUUACGAUGUAUCUAUCUCGAAUAUACAACGUUACUUUCACGUGCACUCGACUCAGGGACAGUAUUUCCGCAUGUCACCUCCAGGCAUUCAUAUUUAUUACAUUUAUAAAUUUUAUUCAGGAUAAUAUUGAUGUCGCUGGCGACAUUAUCCUAGAAACUUAUUGUUUUGCUCUACAUUCAUUGUUAUAGUUUUGUGGGUACAAUGUAUUAACUUUACCAAUUUUUUUUUAGGUGCAGGUGAUAUUGUGGCAGUUACUCACACUCGUUUGUUUGGUUAACAGAAAUAAAUAAUUACAAAAGUAAA